UCAGGGGAGGGGGCGGGGCUUGUGGCGCUCACGUGACCUGCUUAUAGCCCAGCACUUCCUGCAUCUGUUCAGUCUGUUUGGAUGCCUUUGGACUUCAACUUUUCUGAGUAUGGGUACUUUGGUCUUUUAAUGCUGUAGUGCUUGGCCUGAGUGUUUACAAGUGGACAGCCUGGAGUUGUGAGGAGAGGCAAGUUUCCCAUGCAGCGGACUGUGGCCGUCCUCGGCGGUGGGGUCAGUGGCUUGGCCGCCUGCUACUACCUCUCCAGGAGCCCCCAGGCGCCCAAGGUCAUCCUUCUGGAAAGCAGCAGCCGCUUGGGAGGUUGGAUCAGUUCCACGCGGACAGAGGAUGGAGCUGUUUUUGAACAUGGCCCCAGAGGGGUCCGGCCCGCUGGGAAUGUGGGCAAGAAUACCCUUCUUAUGGUCUCUGAACUUGGACUUGAGAGUGAUGUCCUUCCUGUCCCGGGUGACCACCCGGCCUCCAAAAACCGCUAUCUCUAUGUUCAAGGGGCUUUGCAUAAACUCCCUUCAAGCAUUGGUGGCGUUGUCCGGACUGUGCCUCCUUUCACCCGUCCUCUGCUCUGGAGCGGCCUGAAAGAAAUAGUAGCUCCUCGAGGCUCCGAACCUGAUGAGACCAUCCAUGCCUUUGUGAAUCGUCGCUUCGGCCAGGAGAUGGCGGACAUCGUGAUUGACAGCCUCUGCCGCGGGGUGUUUGCUGGCGACUGCCGGGCGCUGAGUGUGCGCUCCUGCUUCCCGGCACUGUUCCAGGCCGAGAGGACACACCGUUCCGUCAUCCUGGGCAUGGCUUUGGCUGGAGGGAAAGGUGCCCCCUUGGAUUCCCCACUCAUCCGCAGGGCCAAGGAGGAGCGCUGGAGCCAGUGGUCCCUUCGGGGUGGGAUGCAGUCCCUCCCUGAAGCUCUCGAAGGAUUCCUGAAGCAGCGCGGGGUGGACAUCCACCGUGACGCCCCUGUCAAACAGCUGGAGAGAAUGGCAUCUGGCUCUUGGAGGAUAAUGCUGGAAGAUGGCAGUAUAGAGGCAGAUCAUGUCAUCAGUGCUUUGCCAGCCAAAGCGCUUGCAGCAUCUCUCCCCAGCUGGGCUGAACCACUUUCUCAGGAGCUGCUAAACAUCCAAGCUGUGUCUGUAGCUGUGGUCAACCUCAAGUAUGAAAACGUGGGGCUCCCGGUUAUGGGUUUUGGGCACCUGGUGCCAUCUUUUGAGGACAGCUCCUUACUCGGCAUCGUUUAUGACUCGGUGGCAUUUCCUGAGCAGGAUGGAUCCAGUGGGCCUGCCCUUCGCCUCACGGUGAUGCUGGGUGGCGCAUGGUUCAAGCCGGGUCUUGGUGACCCUGACACCGUUUCCCAUACUGUGUUACUGAGGUGUGCCAAAGCAGCAGUCAAGAAACAUCUUGGGAUAUCCUCGGAGCCCUCCCGGGCCAUUGUCAAGGUGCAGAAGGCUUGCAUCCCACAGUAUGAAAUCGGUCACUGGAAGCACAUAGAGAAUGCAGCCGCUUACCUGGUGCAGCAGAAGCUCCCUCUGAGCCUGAUUGGGGCUUCCUAUGAAGGAGUCUCUGUGAACGACUGCAUCUCCGGUGCUCGGACGGCGGUGGUCAAGCUUCUCGGCCAGUCUUGAGGAAGGAGGUCAUCCUUCAGCUUGGAUUCUCCUCUCGGAUGCUUCAGGGUCUCUUUCAGAGAACCGAGGCAGCAGGAGAUUGGCUUCAGAUGUCUUAUCGCUUCUAAAAGGUGGAAGGUGGUAUUUUUGUGGGUGCUUUUUGGAACUGAAAUGCACAUUCUUGGCGGGCAAGAGACUUUCUAAGAAUGGCAAGCAAGGGCGCAGGAAGGAGUGCCUUUUCCCUCUUGUCGCCAUUGCGAUGGUAUUUUAAAAAUGCGAUGCAGAAAGCAAAAGUAAGCCAUGUUGGCUGUAAGAAAAAUUCCCAAGUAUUGUGGUCAAAAAGUAAACAAAAGUA